AUGAUCUGUAAGACGAUAACAUUUUUGAUUUUCUUGUCUUCUUUCGCAGUAUAUGUUAGUAUAGCACAAGAUUACAACGAUGAAGAGAAACCAGCAGCCCCACCACCAGAAGAAAAUAACUGUAAUGGGAUUUUUCUGUCAUAUGUGUUUGUUUCUCGAGAAAAAGAGUUUCCCCAUGUAAAGAACGCGACAGCUCAAUCCUGGGCCUUUAAAUCUAUUGCAACUAUAUUGAAUGCUGGAAUAUAUGAGCUUAAAAAUUGGAAGAUGUUUAUCGGGUUUCAACACAAAGAGCUUUUAGUCUCUGCAAGUGGUGCAGUUCUUGUAGAUGGUAAUGAUUUUCCUGCUCCUGUUGGGAAUGGAACAACAAUUGCUGGCUAUCCUCAGACUGAUUUGAAGACAUCAAUCGAAACUGCUGGAGAUCUUACACAAAUUCAGGCACAAAUCCAACUAACCGGCACUCAGUUUGGGAUGAAGCCACCCGGGAUUCCUAUGCCCAAGACCAUAAAACUCGAAAAUGAUGGAUUCAAGUGCCCUGCACCAACACACCGCAAAACUUCAAUUUAUGUAUGCUGUGUGAGGAAUCCAAAAUUCAAGGCCAAAAAUUUAACGACCAAGUAUUUUCCACGCCAAACGGGUGAUCUCUUGCUGUCCUAUGAUGUUAUCCAAGCCUAUGACAACAAUUAUCUUGCUCAGGUGACUAUGAAUAACAAUAACCCGUUGGGGCGCCUAGACCAAUGGAAUUUGACUUGGGAAUGGAUGAGAGGGGAGUUUAUAUACACAAUGAGAGGAGCAUACACUCAUAAGAAAGACUAUUCGGAUUGCAUUUAUGGUGCUGCUGGACAAUACUACCAAGACUUCGAUUUUUCUACAGUCAUGAAUUGUGAAAAGAAGCCGGUCAUGGCAGAUCUGCCCCCGGAUAGAGCCAAAGACGAUAAAGUAGGAAACUUACCUUACUGCUGCAGAAAUGGCAGUCUCUUGCCAACCAUCAUGAAUGAAACCAAAGCGAUAUCUGUCUUUCAAUUGCAGGUGUACAAGAUUCCACCGGAUUUGAAUAGAACAGCCCUUUAUCCUCCUGAAAAAUGGAAGAUUGUUGGUGUUCUUAAUCCUGAUUAUAAAUGUGGGCAGUCCCUAAGGGUAGAUGAUACAGAAUUCCCUGAUCCAACUACGCUUCAAGUUACCACCACAGCUAUUGCAAGUUGGCAAGUAGUCUGCAAUAUCACCAGCCCGAAGAAGAGAGAUUCCCGAUGCUGUGUUUCCUUUUCUGCUUAUUAUAACGAGUCUGUAAUACCCUGCAACACUUGUGCCUGUGGUUGUGGCAACGAUGAGAAGUGCAACCAAAACGCCCCACCAUUGCUUCUCCCUCCAGAGACUCUUCUAGUUCCUUUCGAGAACAGAACAAUAAAGGCAGUGCAUUGGGCAAAAAUAAAGCAUUAUCAUGUCCCAAAGCCAUUCCCUUGUGGAGAUAAUUGUGGGGUUAGCAUAAAUUGGCACAUCUCCACUAACUACAGGAAAGGGUGGACAGCUCGGAUCACUCUAUUCAACUGGGAAGAUAUUAAUUUUGAGGAUUGGUUUGUUGCAAUUCAGUUGAAGAAGGCUGCCCUCGGAUAUGAAAAGGCUUAUUCAUUUAAUGGAACAUUGCUUGAAGAACUGAAUAACACCAUCUUCUUAAAAGGCUUACCAGGUUUGAAUUACUUAAUUGGAGUUACAAAUGGAACAGAUCCGGAAAAAGAUCCGAGGGUACCUGGUAAGCAACAAUCUGUUAUUUCAUUUACUAAGAGGAGAAUAGGUGACGUUAGAAUAGUCAAAGGAGAUGGAUUUCCUUCUAGGGUGUUUUUCAAUGGUGAAGAAUGUGUGGUUCCUACAUACUUUCCAGCAGCAAACGGGAACACAUAUCGUAUAAAUUUACUAGCAGUAGUUCUAGCAAUAAUUCUAACCUUUUUGUUGACAUCAGAUCAUCUGCAUUGA